AUGGCCUAUUCGGCGAACAUCGACAUUUUGUGGCGCUUCUCGGAACGUCUGUGCCUAGGACGUAUAGAGGUUAUGGUAACAUUGUGCAAUGUGCUUGAAGUCAUGAGUGACUGGUUUGUGGAUGAUGAGGGGUCGUGGUUUAGUACUGGGCAAGAGUGGACAGUGGAGUCUGGAUCGUCGAGUUCAGAACCGUCGAGCAAUUCGGAGCACUGGAUCGUAGUGACGGACUUGGAACAGCAGACACUAACAGAUCAUGAUAGCAGCAGUGAUUGGGACGAGGACGUAUAUCUUAUGCCGAGAGACAACGUGCAGCCCAGCACAACGGUGAAUGAGUAUGGCGAACACAUGAUGGCCAGUACAUUACCCUGA